AUGGAGCGGGAAGGCGAGAACGAGACUUCCGCAGCCUCCCAGAAGGAGCACAAGGCUGAGGCCCAGAAAGGGCAGCAGGACCGCUCAGAGGCAGAGGCGGAGCAGGCGGUGCUGCAUCUGGCGCCCCACAAGGGGACCUGCGACGCACUGUACUUCUCAGCUGAUAGGAGUCGACUUCUCACCGCGGGAGCUGAUGGCCGACUGGCUUGUCUCGAGACGCAAAAGAAAGAGACCUCCAUGAGCAGGAGUUGGGCGCAGAAGAUCACACACAGCCUGAGGGUGACUGCAGCUGCUGUUUCCAGCGAUGCACGAAUGUUGGCAGUCGCAGAAGAGACGGCGUCUGGAUUUCAGGCAUGGGUCCAUCUGCUAGACUCGAAGGGCCGCAUCGUUCAAGGCCAGAAACCGCGAAUUGCGGGCAGAUUUACUUUGGACAUCCGUCACUUGUCGUGGCACCCCAGCUUGCCGUACCUUUGCAUUGCGACCGACGACGGCAAGGUUGACAUCUGGCAUGAGAGCAAAGGCCGCAAGCAACUCCUCAAGGGAGGAGGACCCGUCGCUUCGGGCGGUGUCCGCUGUGCCUGCUUGGACGACAAGGCCGAGAAGAUCGCCGCGGCAUUCGCUUCAGGAGACCUGGCUGUGGUGGACGUGGAGACCUCCAAAGAGCAGUUUCGUUCCAAGCUUUGGCCCAAGAGUGUGGGCGGCUCUGAGCGGCUUUCCAUGUCAUGGGCUCCCAACGGCGGCUACCUUGCACUGCCGGGAGAGCAGUCUGUCCGGCUCAUGUCGAGAGACUGCAAGGAGACGGUGCAGCUGGAAGGUGGCCACCGCUUCUCUACGACAAUCGCGUCUUGGUCUCCAUCGGGGCAUGUACUAGUGAGUGCAUCUGCAGAGGCGGUGGCAGUGUGGGCACAUCAACGCCUGCAUCGAAUCAUCCGCUUCGCCGUGGAGCCAUCCAGCAUUGCGUGGGGCGGCUGCGACUUCAUCGCGGUGGGAACGCAGGCGGGUCACUUCGCCCAGCUGCAGGUGCUGGUUGAGGCUCCGGCAGACAAAGACCAAACAGAGGUCCAGGUGCCGGUGGAUGCCCAGGCUGACGCCGGGGACUCUCAAGUUUCCCAAGAUGUGCCGAGCGCCCCGAGCCUCCCCGGCGCGGGGGACACAAACGAGCAGGGAGAGGCACAGCAGGGCCAGCAGGGAGUAGAAAAGGCGCCGGAAGCCAAGGAAGCUCCGAAGCAGCAGAGGUUUCAGCCCGGGGCCACGCUCAAGGGGCGUCGGCGCUUCCUUGCUUGGAACGGUUGCGGCGCACUGAAGCUGAUGCUCCCAUCAUCGCGGCCGGGCAUACGACCCCAAGGGGCCCAAGUAGAGGUGGACUACCACAGCUGGAGAGACCCGACAAGUGUUCGCAGCUUCAAGAUCGAGGAAAACGUGGAAUUGGGCGCGAUCGGUCCAAAUCUGUUCGCGCUCGGGAGCAAUGCGUGCGGCAACUCUACAAUCGUAGUUCAUGUGGCCAGUCCGUGGCAGCAGGCCUCCUUCCGGUGCACACUGGCACUCGACGAGCGUGCAGAAGCGUUGGCGAUCAGCAGUAGUUUCGUAGCAAUCGUCGUAUCUCCACAGCGCUACUUGCGAAUCUUCACGCCGAGCUUCGUUCCGAUUGGGGUUCUUUCCUUGGCUGGUGACAUCGUCUCGAUGGUAGCUCACGGGGAUUUGCUGCUCGUCGUUUUUCAACCAAAGCCGAAACGCGAGCCCAAUCUUCGCUUCAUGCUCCUGAAUGUUGACAGAAAGGAGAAGAUGGAGGCUGGGCAGUUGCCGCUCUCAGCACGUUCCACGUUGAAGUGGAUUGGCUUCAGCGCCGAGGCGCAAGCCCUGAGCCUGGACUCCAAGGGGGUUCUGCGCAUGCUGUGUCUGCGUGGCGCCGGGGAGAACUUCAUCGGCGGCAGCUGGAUCCCCGUGGCAGAGCUAGAGAAGCUGUGGCCGGUACAAGCCGAAGAGGGGGCCUUGAGCUGCGUGGAGAGUGAGCCGAAGCCGGGUCCGAGCUAUCGCUUCAAGAAGGUUCCUUUCAAGCUUCCUUGCGAUGGUCCCAUGGAGACGUUCUUGCGGCAGAGCUUGAUGGCAAUGCAUCGAGCCCAAGCCACGGCGUGUGGUCUCGUGCCUUCUAUGGCGGUUAAACAGAAGAAGCGAGGCGCUGCAAGCCGGGACUCGACAUCGGCACUGACUCUUCUCCGGAUGUUCCUUCAGUCUAAGGAGGAAGAGCUGGCUAUGGAUGUGGUGGCAGAGUUUCUGUCCCGAGAGAGCUGCAAGGCCUCGGAGCUGCAGGAGGCCUCGGCCGCCGCAUCGACAGCCAACCUUCCAAACCUGGCAGCCCAGCUCUCGCAGCUCGCGCAGCAGGCGCAAGCGAGCGGCCAACCCGCCUUCAAGGUCCGAAAGCUCUGA